AUGACCUCCAAAGAAAGCAUCUCGCCAAAACAAAACGAUAUCGAUACGCACUCGGUAAUAUCUAUGCAGGAGCUGGACCCCUCACCAGUGCAUGAGGGAUUCUCCGACCUUGAAAGUGGCCAAUACAUCCCUCAAUCACAAGUUUGUCCAUCUAAAGUUGGAAAUAUAUCAGAAGCCAGACUGCCCCGAUUCAGCCUAGGUCUUCGUGGACACAACUGGGAUUCAUGGUAGAUACUCAACGUACCCCCCACUUUAUUCUUUGCGCUGCAUUUCGCCAACACCUCUCUUUUCCCUCUGGCGACUCGGUCGGUUCCAGAUAGUGAAACCUAUCUGCUUCUUACGAGACCUAUCUACCAGUCUCCAGGGCUUGAACAUGUGAUCCUGACCGUUCCCAUCCUCAUUCAUAUCGCUUCCGGCAUUGCUCUCCGCAAUCUUCGUUCUUCUCGCCGUGCACGACUGUAUGGGGCGGAGACUAGGGUCCAGAGAUAUUCCCUGAAUUUCUGGCCGCGGAUGAGCCUGCAAGCACGUCUAGGGUAUUGCUUCGUCCCGUUCCUUGGCGCUCACGUCCUCGUAAACCGUAUCACGCCAUUGAUCGCCGAUGGUGGGAGUUCGGGAGUGGGUUUGGGCUAUGUUGCUCAUGGAAUCGCACGAAACCCUGUCUUUUGGAAUGUAUACUACGUGACCCUCGCCGCCGUUGGGAUGUGGCAUAUCGUUGGAGGAUGGGCUGCUUGGAUGGGCUGGCGGGUCACCACUGCUCAGAAGGAACGAGGCUAUAAGAAAUGCUCAAUGGAAAGUUACUUGGGGCACACGGAAAGCGAAGAGCAGGUCAAGAGAAAGAGAAAAAUGUGGUGGAUAGUCAAUGGAGUUGCCGCGCUAGGAACAACUGUCUGGCUGGCGGGCGCUCUGGGUAUAAUUGGUCGUGGAGGCCAGGGUUCGGGAUGGGAGGCCAGUGGCUGGAAUGAAAUUUAUAAACAAUAUGACGGCAAGGAAUACCACGCGGUGAAAGAAGGGAAUGCGUUCAUCCUGAACCCACCUUCCCAAGCUGCAGCCUCCACAGGAACAAGAAGAGAUCUCAAGGCAGAGGACGAGGCUCAGUCCGUAUUCUACAAUCCUAUCCAGCAAUUCAAUCGCGACCUGAGUGUACUUGCAAUCAAAGCCUAUGGGGAACAUGUGCUGGCUUCAAAAAAGCAGAGAGCCGAAAGGAGGCAGAAAAGAGGUGCAGCGGAUGGGAAAUCAAAAGGCAAGAAACGGAAGAGGGAGGAUGGUGAUGAAGAGGAACCAAACGGUAAAGGAAGCAAUUUUGACAAUCAGACAGGAAGAAGUGAUCAUCUAGCCUCAGAGUCGCACACUGGAGAAAAUACCACGCCAGCAUUUACAAUUCUAGAUGCUCUGUCUGCUACUGGUUUGCGUGCACUACGAUAUGCAUCAGAGAUUCCAUUUGCUACUUGCAUUGUUGCGAAUGAUCUUUCGUCGUCUGCCAUCAAAUCAAUGAAGUUGAACAUCGAAUACAACAGACUUGGGAAGCUCAUUCAACCUAACACCGGCGAUGCGCGGACUUACAUGUACAGUACUCUUAACCCGGCCAACACUCAGACUAGUGGACUGCACACUGGGAAGUUUGAUGUUAUUGAUCUGGAUCCUUAUGGGUCGGCUGCACCGUUUAUGGAAUCUGCUGUGCAGGCUGUCAAGGAUGGGGGAUUGCUUUGCGUGACCUGCACCGAUGCCGGGGUUUGGGCAUCCAACGGAUACCCGGAAAAAUCAUACGCAUUGUACGGUGGCGUACCAACGAAAGCUGCCAAGUACGGGCUGGCCAUAGAGCCACUUCUAUCUCUGUCAAUCGAUUUUUACGCCCGAGUCUUUGUCCGCGUUCAUCGGUCUCCAGCAGACGUUAAGUUUGCGUCGGGUAAUACAAUGGUUGUUUACAACUGUGAUUCAGGCUGCGGAGCUUGGUCAACACAGCCUUUGACCCAGACGAAGCCACGACUUGACAAAAAAGGGAACCCUUUCUACCAUCACGGAUUCGCCCAGGGACCCAUGGCAAAUACGAACUGUGCGCACUGUGGGAUGAAGACUCACAUAGGCGGCCCAAUGUGGGCCGGGCCGCUACAUAACCCUCACUUCAUCCGAAGGAUUCUUGCUAUGCUUCCUGAGGUGGAUAGAAGCAUAUAUCAAACGGUAGACAGAAUCGAAGGCAUGUUAACUACAGCACUUGAAGAGGACCUGAUUCCCAACGACCCUAUACAGGGUGCCAGUUCAGAAACUACUCUUUCCAAAAUCAAGGAUGCUGAACUAAACGAAGAUCCAGCCAUAAUCCCGCGGAUGGACCCGGCUCUUCGAGAGCCGUACCCAUUCUAUUUCAGUUUGAGUGCUCUGUCAAAAGUCCUUCAUACAUCCACCAUCUCUUCCGAUGCUUUUCGUGGAGCUGUGCGACACCUGGGUUACCAAUGUACCCGUAGUCACACCAAACCGAACAGUAUCCGCACAGAUGCACCUUGGGAUGUGAUUUGGGAGAUCAUGAGAGAAUGGGUGAGGCAAAAAUCACCUAUCAAAGAAAAUGCUCUUAAGCCUAGCACUGCCGGUGCUGCUAUCAUGGCGAAAAGCCGGGGAAACAUUCAGAAGCUGAAGGAGGGCGAGAAAAAUCUAAAUUUGCUGAAGCAAGAGAUCGUGUCUGCUGCCGAAAACGGGAAGGAUAUCUCCGACGUAGUGACAAAAGUCGAAGCCGCGCUGUACCGUUCCGGCUUCUGGCAGGCGUUGAACCAAAGCGAGUCAGAUUCUCGACCUGCCAAUAUGCAAAAGGAGCCGCAGAGUUCCAACCAAGUCCAUGGAACACUUACAAACAAAUCUAAUACUAGCACGCUGGAUGUUGUUUUCGACGAGUCUCUAGGUAGAGAAGUGGUCAAAAAACGACUCGUCAGAUAUCAACUCAACCCUCGCGCUAACUGGGGUCCAUUAAAUCGAGCGUCUGGGCGCAGACAAGGCUGA